AUGCUAAAUCUCAAGCCUGCAGCUCAUUUCAUUCUUGAGAUAUUGUACAGACAGGAGGAUUGCCAAUCCCAUUGUCCUACGGACAGACAGAAGGUUUGCCAAUCCCCUUGUCCUACGGACAGACAGAAGCUUUACCAAUCCCCUUGUCCUACGGACAGACAGAAGGUUUGCCAAUCCCCUUGUCCUACGGACAGACAGAAGGUUUACCAAUCCCCUUGUCCUACGGACAGACAGAAGGUUUGCCAAUCCCCUUGUCCUACGGACAGACAGAAGGUUUGCCAACCCCCUUGUCCUACGGACAGACAGAAGGUUUGCCAACCCCCUUGUCCUGCGGACAGACAGAAGGUUUGCCAGUCCCCUUGUCCUACGGACAGACAGAAGGUUUGCCAACCCCCUUGUCCUACGGACAGACAGAAGGUUUGCCAAUCCCCUUGUCCUACGGACAGGCAGAAGUUUUGCCAACCCCCUUGUCCUGCGGACAGACAGAAGGUUUGCCAAUCCCCUUGUCCUACGGACAGACAGAAGGUUUGCCAAUCCCCUUGUCCUACGGACAGACAGAAGGUUUGCCAACCCCCUUGUCCUACGGACAGACAGAAGGUUUGCCAAUCCCCUUGUCCUACGGACAGACAGAAGGUUUGCCAACCCCCUUGUCCUACGGACAGACAGACAGAAGGUUUGCCAAUCCCCUUGUCCUACGGACAGACAGAAGGUUUGCCAAUCCCCUUGUCCUACGGACAGACAGAAGGUUUGCCAAUCCCCUUGUCCUACGGACAGACAGAAGGUUUGCCAACCCCCUUGUCCUGCGGACAGACAGAAGGUUUGCCAAUCCCCUUGUCCUACGGACAGACAGAAGGUUUGCCAAUCCCCUUGUCCUACGGACAGACAGAAGGUUUGCCAAUCCCCUUGUCCUACGGACAGACAGAAGCUUUACCAAUCCCCUUGUCCUACGGACAGACAGAAGGUUUGCCAAUCCCCUUGUCCUACGGACAGACAGAAGGUUUGCCAACCCCCUUGUCCUACGGACAGACAGAAGGUUUGCCAAUCCCCUUGUCCUACGGACAGACAGAAGGUUUGCCAACCCCCUUGUCCUGCGGACAGACAGAAGGUUUGCCAAUCCCCUUGUCCUACGGACAGACAGAAGGUUUGCGAAUCCCCUUGUCCUACGGACAGACAGAAUGUUUGUUAACCCUUUAA